GCGGCGGAGGCGGCGCUGGAGGGAAGGGGUGCGCGGCAGGCCCACGGGGAGCCGCCCGGGCGUACGGAGUCCGCGGCCCCUCCGGACCGUCCCCGCUCCGCGGCCGUACCUGAGGGCGCCGGGAGCCCGGGCAGCGGCGCGCCGGACCCGGGUGGCGGGGGCGCCGGGGACCUGGGAAGCGGGAGAAGGAGCCGGAGCUCGACCAGGAUGAGAAGGUGACGCCGCCGGGGGGCGCCACUCGCUUUGUGGGGGAAGAUGCUCGCCUACUGCGUGCAAGAUGCCACCGUGGUGGACGUGGAGAAACGGAGGAACCCCUCCAAGCACUAUGUGUACAUCAUUAACGUGACCUGGUCCGACUCCACAUCCCAGACCAUCUACCGGAGGUACAGCAAGUUCUUUGACCUGCAGAUGCAGCUUUUGGAUAAGUUUCCCAUCGAAGGUGGCCAGAAGGACCCCAAGCAGAGAAUCAUCCCCUUCCUCCCAGGCAAAAUCCUCUUCCGGAGAAGCCACAUCCGGGACGUAGCUGUGAAGAGGCUGAAGCCCAUCGAUGAGUACUGCCGGGCACUUGUCCGGCUGCCACCCCAUAUUUCACAGUGUGAUGAAGUCUUUCGGUUCUUUGAGGCCCGACCGGAGGAUGUCAACCCCCCGAAAGAGGACUAUGGCAGUUCCAAGAGGAAAUCAGUGUGGCUCUCCAGCUGGGCUGAGUCUCCUAAGAAGAACGUGACAGGUGCCGACACCCACGCCGAGCCCAUGAUCCUGGAACAGUACGUGGUGGUGUCCAACUAUAAGAAGCAGGAGAACUCGGAGCUGAGCCUCCAGGCCGGGGAGGUGGUGGAUGUCAUCGAGAAGAACGAGAGCGGCUGGUGGUUCGUGAGCACCUCUGAGGAACAGGGCUGGGUCCCUGCCACCUACCUGGAGGCCCAGAAUGGUACUCGGGACGACUCAGAUAUCAACACCUCCAAGACUGGGGAAGUGUCCAAGAGACGCAAGGCCCAUCUGCGGCGCCUGGAUCGCCGGUGGACCCUGGGCGGGAUGGUCAACAGGCAGCACAGCCGAGAGGAGAAGUAUGUCACUGUGCAGCCUUACACCAGCCAAAGCAAGGACGAGAUUGGCUUUGAGAAGGGCGUCACUGUGGAGGUGAUCCGGAAGAAUUUGGAGGGCUGGUGGUACAUCAGAUACCUGGGCAAAGAGGGCUGGGCACCAGCAUCCUACCUGAAGAAAGCCAAGGAUGACCUGCCAGCACGGAAGAAGAAUCUGGCAGGCCCGGUGGAGAUCAUCGGGAACAUCAUGGAGAUCAGCAACCUGCUGAACAAAAAGGCGUCUGGGGACAAGGAGACCACCCCAGCUGAAGGCGAGGGCCCAGAGGCCCCCAUCACCAAGAAGGAGAUCAGCCUGCCCAUCCUCUGCAAUGCUUCCAACGGCAGCGCCCUGGGUGUCCCCGAGAGGACCGUCUCCAAGCUGGCCCAGGGCUCCCCAGCCGUGGCCAGGAUUGCCCCUCAGAGGGCCCAGAUCAGCUCCCCGAACCUCAGGACAAGGCCUCCACCUCGCAGAGAGUCCAGCUUGGGGUUCCAGCUGCCUAAGCCGCCAGAGCCCCCUUCUGUUGAGGUGGAGUACUACACCAUUGCCGAAUUCCAGUCGUGCAUUUCUGAUGGGAUCAGUUUUCGAGGCGGACAGAAGGCAGAGGUCAUCGACAAGAACUCGGGUGGCUGGUGGUACGUGCAGAUCGGUGAGAAGGAGGGCUGGGCCCCCGCGUCGUACAUCGAUAAGCGCAAGAAGCCCAACCUGAGCCGCCGCACGAGCACCCUGACGCGGCCCAAGGUGCCCCCACCGGCACCACCCAGCAAGCCCAAGGAGGCCGAGGAGGGUCUGGCAGGCGCUGGUGAGAGCCAGGACUCCCCGCUGAGGCUCAGGUACGAGGAGCCCGAGUAUGACAUCCCUGCCUUUGGCUUCGACUCAGAGCCAGAGCUGAGCGAGGAGCCCGCAGAGGACGGCGGCUCGGGGGACAGGCGGCCCGGCCAGCCCCGCAGGCCCUCGCCCGCCUUCUCGCUGCAGCGCGCCCGCUUCAAGGUGGGCGGAUCUGCAGAGGACGUGGCCCUGGAGGAGGAGACCAUCUAUGAGAACGAGGGCUUCCGGGCAUGUGCAGAGGACGCCCUGUCGGCCAGGCGCUCCUCCCGGGACAGCGACUCCCCAGGCGGCUCCCCACUGUCCCUUGCCAGGAAAAACUCCCCCAAAUCAGGCUCCCCCAAAUCAUCGUCGCUCUUGAAGCUCAAGGCAGAGAAGAACGCCCAGGCGGAAUUGGGGAAGAACCACUCCUCGGCCUCCUUUUCCUCGUCCAUCACCAUCAACACCACCUGCUCUUCCUCUUCCUCCUCUUCCUCCUCAUCCCUGUCCAAGAACAGUGGGGACCUGAAGCCCCGUUCUGCCUCGGACGCAGGCAUCCGCGGCACCCCCAAGGUCGGAGCGAGGAAGGAUGCUGACCUGAAGACUGGGCUGACCUCCUGUGCCCGGGCCAAGCCAUCAGUUCGGCCCAAGCCGUUCCUGAACCGCACAGAGUCCCAGAGUCAAGAGAAGAUGGACAUCAGCACUUUACGGCGCCAGCUGAGGCCCACUGGCCAGCUCCGGGGUGGCCUCAAGGGCUCCAAGAGCGAGGAUUCGGAGCUGCCCCCCCAGAUGGCCUUCGAGGGUCCCGGUGAGGGGUCCAGGAGAGGCUCGGCCGACCUCAUCACCCUCCCUGCCGCCACGCCCCCGUGUCCCACCAAGAAGGGGUGGGAAGGGCAGGCCACCUCCUACACGACGUGUAGUGCCUACCAAAAGGUCCAGGACUCGGAGAUCAGCUUCCCGGCAGGCGUGGAGGUGCAGGUGCUUGAGAAGCUGGAAAGUGGCUGGUGGUACGUGAGGUUUGGGGAGCUGGAGGGCUGGGCGCCCUCCCACUAUCUGGUGCUCGGUGAGAACGAGCAAUUCGAUCCCCCUGGCAAAGAGCUGGACACAGUGGCCACCAAGAGCAAGCAGAACGCGGGCAAGUCAGACAGCCUGGAAAAGAUCGAGAAGCGGGUCCAAGCGCUGAACACCGUCAACCAGAGCAAGAGGGCCACGCCGCCCAUCCCCUCCAAGCCUCCCGGGGGCUUCGUCAAGACCUCGGGAGCCGGGGCGGUGAAGAUGAGGAAUGGCGUGCGGCAGGUGGCCGUGAGGCCCCAGUCGGUGUUCGUGUCCCCACCGCCCAAGGACAGCAACCUGUCCUGUGCCCUGAGGAGGAACGAGUCGCUGACGGCCACCGACGGCCUCCGAGGCGUCCGCCGGAACUCCUCCUUCAGCACUGCCCGCUCGGCAGCCGCAGAAGCCAAGGGCCGCCUGGUCGAACGGGCCGCCAGCCAGGGCUCGGACCCUCCUCUGCUGCCCACUCAGCGCAACGGCAUCCCGGUGUCCCCUGUGCGCCCCAAGCCCAUUGAGAAGUCCCAGUUCAUCCACAACAACCUCAAAGAUGUGUACGUCUCGAUCGCGGACUACGAGGGGGACGAGGAGACGGCGGGCUUCCAGGAGGGCGUGUCCAUGGAGGUCCUGGAGAGGAACCCCAACGGCUGGUGGUACUGCCAGAUUCUGGACGGGGUGAAGCCCUUCAAAGGCUGGGUGCCCUCCAACUACCUGGAGAAAAAGAACUAAUGAGGGGUGGGGGAGGGCCUAAGUCCUUCCAGCCUCAGUAUGGGUGAGCUGUGAGAUAAGACAAAAGGGAAAGGGAAAAUGGGAGGGGGUGGGGAGGACAACGUUAAACCUGCAGAAUGUGGGGCCUCAAAGAUGCUCCCCUCCAGGCUGUCCCCCAGCUGGAAGGUAGGGUCUGGCGGGGGCCCACAUUUGAGCGGGGAGUGGAAGGGGCAGGGGUGUCCUGGGCCUGGGACCGGAGGCAAGAAAGCUGAGCCUCACAUGUGCACCUUGGGGACGUUGCUGAUGGACUCGGCACCAUUUGGGACAGGCCAUGUAGGAAACCCCGAUUUGUGCCUUGGCUGCAAAUCUGGAAAAGGUGUGGUUGUGCGGGCCUCCUGUGCCCUGCCCCUGCCUAGCCUGGUUUACGUUGCUGGCAUCUUGUACCCCGGAAGUAGCCCUUGUAUCAUCCUAAUCUAUGUUUGUGAGUUAUGCUGGUUUCCCAGGAAUCGCUGCCGCCGGCCAUGGGUGGGUGUGGUAGGAGAUACCACUGGCUCUGGGGCUUGGAGGCAUCUCCUGUGAGCUCAGGCUGUCCCUGGGCCAGGCCACUGUGUCUUGUUAGUUGAAGGAAAAGCAGUUCCCCAGCUGCCAGCAAGGACCACCAUUCUUAGCCGUCACUGCUGCUGGCCUUGAGAAGAGAGCCUGCCCUGCCUGGGGCACCCCCGUGGAGGACCACCAGCCCCAGUGUUUACAGAGAGGGCAGGCAGAGCCGUCGGUCUUUUCACAGUCUGCACAGACUUUAUUUUGGAUAUUUCUGGGUGGGCAGUUCUUUGCAAGUUUUGGGAGAGAUGUAUUGCUUUGGGCCUUCCAUGUCAGGCCUUGGGUUUUGGUCUUACUUUAGGAGUUGUUUGGGGACCCAAGGGCGGUGAGCCUCACGGGACAGGAUGGGUAGUGGAUGGCCUUUCUGUCCUCCUCUUGUGGGGAGGUUGUUUGGUUUGUGUUUUGCGUUCUCCCCUCCACAAGCCAAAGUCGCUUCAUUUGGUUUCCACUGUGUGGACAGUACCGGUGCUUGCCAGAGGGAUCUCAGGCUGGAGGAGCCCUGGUCCCAGACGCGGCAAAGCAGAGACGCUGUUCUCCUGGUUCUUGUGCAACCUCAGCAGGGCAGAACCCUCAGCAGGGAGGAGGGUGGUGUUCAGGAGAGGGGCAGCGAACGUUCUCCUGCCUGGGCAGGGCCCGAAGCCUUAUGUGAAGGCUGUGGAGAAGCAGCCAUUGCCCUCACCCUGGGCCAAGGGGAACCUGCUGGGCCGACACCACCAGCCACCCCCUGGCCUGCAAGCAAUGCCGCAGGUGCCCGAGGAGACGAAGAUCCCUGGGCCAGGAGCCAACCUGGUCUUUCUGAGGGGCAGUGCCCCUGCGAAGAGAGAAGGGAGAGAAUGACGUCCCUGUCAACUCUGGAUGGUGUCUUUCAGUCGACACUUCAGAGGCCAAACUGGCUUCCCCAAGGACUCACUCUUCACUGGGAGUGGAUUUCCACACGUGCCUUUGAUUGUGGACAGAUCGGGCUUCACAGCCCCCGACUCAGCUGCCAGAUCCUGGACUAAGGAGGAAAGGCCCUCCCUCCACCCACACUCCCCCCCCAGGCAGCGUAUGAUGCCUGAAGAACAGCGGGGGACCCGCACCUCGUGCCCUCAGUCCCCGGCCGCCCCGCCCUCCUCCUUUGCCGUACACUGACGCCUGGCAGCUCUAGCAAACUGCUCCCGUUCUAUGUUGAAAGGGCCGUGGUGAGAUUUUGCUUCCUUUUGUUUUGUUUGUUUAAAAUUAAAAUUAGUUAUUAUUUUCUUCUGCUGGACAGUAUUAAAUAGAGCAGGAUGUUGAGUUAUCUGCUAGAUUGCAGUACUAAUGGUAGUGUUGUAGUGUCUUCAUAUUAAUAUUAUUUGGACUUAUUUGAACAAUAAUGAUAAAGAAGUGGUUCAUUAUUUUUUAAUUAAUGCACUUUAAUACAGUGGAAUGGAAAGAAACCCAGAGAGCAAAGUGCAUUACUUAAAGAUGCAGUAUAUACUUUUCUCAUUUUUAAGCAGCACAUAUUUAUUAAAAGAAAAAAAAGUAAUUUAUGAUUAUUUAAAAUAAAAUUUAAAAGUAGAGUGAUUGUCGGGUUAAAGGACCUUCCACGUAGCUAUCUUCCAGGGGGAAGGCCCCAGCGGCCUCACUCCUCAACGUCUGCACUGAGCCAGUUCAAUCAGUAACACGCCAGCCAGGCCAGGAAGGAGUGCAGGACGCAUCUGCCAAGCACAGAGCAUCUCAGUCGGACUGGACCACAGUGCUCCCCAGAGCCUGCCUUUCCCUGCCCUUCCUCACUGCACUGCCUUGUGGGACUUUCCACCACCCACAAGGCAGAUGUUCUCCCAGCCCCCCAAGGACCCUCUCUCCUUAAUCCCCAGUGCCCUUAAGUGAUAGAGUCAUUAUAAGUGACCUUCAGGGUCACUCCAACCCAUACCCUCUUGUUACUGCAGCCCAAAGACAGGAAUUAGCUUUCCCCAAAUCACAUAGCUAGUUAACGGCAGACCUCCCCAUUGCAUCCACCCCUGCACUCCUCCCCAGCCCCGCUAGAGCUUAUAGUGUGGUCAUCAUGUUUACAAUGUGACAUCCAGCCCUAAGGAUGGCUGGGGGUUGCUCAGGCAUCCAGGAAAAGUAGAGACUGCUGCCACCUGUUGACAGCAUGUAGCUUUGGGCAGUGAACAGGGAUUGCCAUGCCCCGUCUUCGCCCCUUGCCCCUCACCGUCACCCCCUUACUCACAGCACAGCACAAACCCUGCAAACCCAAAGAGAAUAUUAAUACUUGAAGCAAAAAGGGUGCAUGCCAGUCCCUCUCAGACAUGGCCAGGGGAUGCCAGGCCUUGUGCCCCUGGACUCCUAGCCCUGCCCAGGGCAAGAGGGCUUUUCCCUAGAGCUACUGAGCUGCUUUGUGAUGUUGGAGGGUACUUCUGGUAGCAGGUAGAGGAGGGAGGGGUCUGUGGCUCUGACCCAUCUGGAGGAAAACCAGAUCGGACUUUAAAAGGUUAAAAAAAAAAAAAAAUCUCAGCAGUGUCCAAACCUAGUUUUCCAUUAGUUGCGAUUGAAAAUGUGAAAUGACGUUGUAUUGCUGUAUACUGCAACUUUAAUCAAAAUGAGCCCUUCUGAGGUCAUUAUUGAGGUUUAUAUAAUGCCCGAAGAUGCAUCAUUUGGUGCUUUUUCUUUCAGUUUAAAGACUUUUUUCUUUUAUUACAAGGGAAAAAGAUGUCUUCAUCUCCCUCCCACUUUGUAACAGGGGCCUGGCUGGGCUCCCUGGCCCCAUCAUGCUGUUCCCACGAGGGUCGCAAGAGGGAGCUGGAGGGGGCAGCCUGAACAGCAGGUGUGCCAUCUGCCCCAGCUGUGGCUGGGCCCUCCGGCCAGCCCUCAGCCCCGUUCACCCCCAGCCUAGCCCCACAGGGUCCUCUUUCUUCCUCCUCCAUGCUCCAUCUUGACGAAGGCAUUAUAUAGAAUCGUUUUAAUCACUUUCAGAUGUUAGAGCAGCAUAUUUUACUGGCAUUUAUAUCCAUUGCUUUCCUCAGCAAGGCAUGUUACUAUUAUCAUCUAAGGAAAAAAGACAAGGGAAUUUCGGUCAAGCAUUAUUUUCAUAUUACUAGUAUUUGCAGAAUAGGUGUAGAACUAUUUAAGUUUAGACCUUGGUUUGGUAGUUUGUUUUGUUUUUAUGGAAAAAAAGAUAAAGUAACCCCUACUCUUUCUGUUUUUGUAUUUAACUAAUAUAUUAUUUCUUUAAGGUUACUCACUUCCCCUACCCGCUCCAAAUACUUUGCAUUCUCAAUCGAAAAUGAAAACAAUCUGAGAGACAGGAAAAGUGCAAUAUUAUCAAGAGGGAUGCCAGGGCUUGUUGGGACGGUGGCGGGAGAGCCAGCAACCCCGUCUCUCGCUAGGGGAGGUGGGGCUCCUGGAAGGAGUCGUAGCUGCGGAGCCUAUAGGUGACCUGGGUAUUGAUUUUUUUUUUUUUUACCCCUCCUCCCCUUCCCCCUUCCCUGGCAAGAUGGCAGGGGUCCCCGCCAGAGGGCAUCCCCUUCUGCUGGGUGUUGUCCACCCAGAAGAGAGGGAUUCAGGGAAGUAGCAUGGGGCACUUGGCCUCCCCGGGGCCCCAGCCCCAGGCACAAAGCAAGGGCCUCCAGGAACCGCUCCUUGUUUUCAUUUCCGUUGUUUUUCAGCCAGCUGCUCAGAAAGACCUGUCCCAAAAAUAACCCUCAGCAGCCCUCUCACGCCAAUCUCUUGAUGUUUGGGCCACGAUCCUUUUGAUGUAUGUUUGAGUCUUUCUAAAACUACGUAACCUCAAGUUCAGUUUAUGGGCAGGAACCCUCGAUGUAAUCAAACCCUUUUGCAGGGAUGUGGGUGCCUUGAGCCCAGCAUUCCCCAGUGACGCACCAAUUCCCACAAGCCUGCAGCUGGGCCUGGUGCUGAGCCAGGGCCACCCAUUCAUCUCAAUGACUUCAGCCCGAGCAAGGCGUGAGCCCUGCCUCUGCUCAACACCCCGACAGUCCCCAGAAGGUCUUGGAGAAGCGUCGGAGGAGCCUGCUGAGGUCCCUGCAGACAGAACUUCCCACAACAGGUACCAAGCCGCCGCCUCCUACCUGGGUGCCAGUAGAGAGGGGACAGGACGGGAAGUCUCUGGGUCCAAAGCUCUGCCCCUCAGGGCGACAGGGACAUCCUUGCGGGCCCAUCCCCUCCACCUCCAGUACUGUACGCUUGCUGCUCCAUCCCGUCCGGUGAAUUUCUGUACAAAUAGGAACCUGGCGCCCAGAGUGGGACCAUGCCCCCGUGUGGGGGUGGCUCUCCUUGGAGUGUAUACGUCUAUAGGUCCAAUCUUCAAGAAUCCUGAUGCAGAGCUCUCUGGAAAGAGAACCAUCCACAGUGCUAAAGAAUUAAGAUUCCCUCACUUUUUUGAGGGCUGUGUGCUGUUGAGGAAGUGUGUGUGUAUGUGCAUUCGAGUGCGUAUGUGAGAGUGUUGGUCAUUCCCACUUGAACUAAAGAACAUGGGGUUAGAGGAAAAAAAUACUGGGCAAGCUGUCUCCAUUGAACAAGUCCUUGGCAUUGGGCAGGCCCCAAAGGACUCGCAGCUUCUGGCAGCAAGUGUAUGUGUUAUUCACACGUGUAAUUCUGGCUGGAGAGUGCAAUGUGUCUUUUUUUUUAUUUUUUGGUAAUUAUUUUAUUAAGUAUUUAGUUGGAAACUUCACACUGGCAUUAACAGAUCUAGCAGAAGCCGCCUAGGCCAUCGUCCCGGGCUCCAAAAUGAAGAUGUGGAAAGGUGCCGCCACUGGGUGUGGAAGUGCCGAGGCGGUCAGAUGGGGCUGCCACCUGCACAGUGUCUCUAGUAGGCCGACGCCCAGCCUUUGCCAUGCAUAUCGCCACUGUGGGAAUCCCCAUGUCAUGAGAGCAGCUGGCCCUCAGUUCUUACGUUGCUGAGGGUGGAUCAGGCUGGUCGGGGCGAGAAAUUGGACAGUGAGCUCAGUGGACCUACCCGUGCGUGUACGUCAGCACCCCUGGUCUAGACUGCAGGCCUGACUGAACGCUUCAUGGGAAUCAUGUGGAGGGCUCCCCCUUGACAUCACUGAGCUUUUUGUCUAAAUCAUGAUCUCUGGUUGGGGCAGCCCCUGGUUCUCACGCUCUGUGAUCAGAACCAGUGACAGAGCAGGGUCAGUGACCUAUAGCUGCACUUCAGGAAGAACAGCCCCACUGACAUUAGCAUCCCUCCUGUUUUGUCCUGUGCACCUGGGUCCUCAGGCCAGAAGUUGGGCACACUGGUGCUUAUAGACUGGGCAGAGGACUCUGUCUUCCCGGGCCUUGGUCCCCAGCUGCCUAUAAUGUUGGUUUUACCAUGCCAUCCCCGUUCGCGGAGCCUAUCUUUUUAAUCUUGAGUUUGCACUUGACCUUGACAAUCAGCCCCCUCUCCCAUCCCAGAACUUAGUGGCCUCAGAGAAUGGGUCCCUACGAUGAAGGUCCCUCCUUUGCUCCCAUUUCCAUCCUAGCUAAUGGGCUGGACCUCAGGAGGCAAGAGAGAAAGGAAGAAUUAUCGUUUUAAAGCAAAAGUAUGGAUUGAGCACGUUGGAGGUGAGUGAGAGGCACGUCGGCAAGAUGAGUGUGCGCGUGUUUGGGGUGGCUGGGGCUUACCGCCCUUUCCCCAAGGAGGAGGCUUCCAGAAGAGGAGGUCUGCUAGGCAGAAAGGGAAGAGUAUGAGAAGGUUGAGAGAGGGUUUGGAGUCUGGAGUUUCAUCUUUAUUAGAAAGAAGGAGGAAGUCUAUUCUGAGUGUUUCAGGAAGAGAGCAGGUAGGGAGGGAAUUUAGUGAUUCAACACCCAAGGGUCCAGCCAGAACAGGUUGGAAAAGCCCCAAGAUUUGGCUGUAGAAGAAGCUGGCCUCAGGAAACAGCUACUUGCUGGGCCACAAGCUGGGUCCCCAGCGGGUUCUUAAUGGUCAUUGAUUUACUUAGUGGAAAGCGGGAAGUUGCCAGCAACAAACCAGUCUUUGAGUUUGAGGCCCUGGCUCCAGAACAUUCAUCCAUCUCUCAGGUUCCAGGCUGGGUUUGCCCACCUCCCUUUGUCCAAUCCAGAGCGAGCCUCUCAAGUUGCUUGCAUCAGAGACCAGUGACCAUAAUGGGUCACGUAGUAGGGACCCACCACCCCCAAACUGGAACCUUGGGGUCCAGACACCAUCAAGCAUAUCUGGGAGGAAGACAACUUCGUUUGCUCUUCUGUUGACACCAAUUAUUCUGAAGUAUCUCUAAUGAUGCCUGUGGUGGUUCAGUUUGCUGAGCCUGCCUCAGUGGUGUGACUUAGAAGACGGAGUGCAAUGCACUCAUCAUGUUUAGUGGCCUGUGACCAAGGCAUACUGCUCUUAAGCAUUUCAGAGAAAGAAGGGUAAAGAGAGCCACCAUUCUUGAACCUAAAGCUUGUUCUCUGCAACAGGUUUUCUUUAAAUCCGGGACACAGGAUGGCAGAAGGGUUUCAGGGCCAGUUUACAGGAGGUCUGCAUGAAGGUGACUUCUGAACAAGGCAGAUGUUAGUGGCAGGUUCGUGAAGCGUGGGUUUGUGCACUGCAUGGUUGCAUGUGAACUGCUGGAUGCCUCUGGGCACUCCUCACCGUGUCCACUCAACCCCGCUCGGCUCCUAGUGGGAUCUGUGGGGUCUGAAGGAGGUUGUUCCCUCUUCCCCCUCAGCAGAGAAAUUUAAG